AGCAAGCUAGCUAUCGUGACAGUAGCGGGUAUAACGGAACAGUGACUUUUCCACACAAUACAACAACCCGCUGGUUCCGUUCAGUAAUCAUGGCUACUAAUGGUAACAACAACUUAAUGCCUGGGAUGGGGGAGAUCAUCCAGUUGAACGUCGGUGGGACAAGGUUCAGCACCUCCAGACAGACUCUGAUGUGGAUUCCAGACUCUUUCUUCUCAAGUUUGCUGAGUGGAAGGAUAUCCACUCUUCGGGAUGAAACUGGAGCUAUAUUUAUUGACAGAGACCCUACAGCUUUUGCACCAAUUUUGAAUUUCCUCCGAACCAAAGAAUUGGACCUGCGGGGUGUCAACAUCAGCGUCCUACGGCAUGAAGCAGAGUUUUACGGGAUAACUCCUUUAGUGCGGCGCCUGUUGCUGUGUGAGGAACUGGACCGCUCAUCAUGUGGUAGUGUUCUCUUCCAUGGUUACCUGCCUCCCCCAGCCAUCCCCGCCCGUAAAUCAAAUCCUGCCUCAGCAGCCUCUGGCGCCUCCUCUGAAGAGCGGCCAGGUCCGAGUGGAGCAGAGGGCUUCACCCGUGUCGGUCCCCCUCCUCAACCUUCUUUCCCUGGCUCACCUGGAACAGAACACAAACUGGGUCCCGUGGUUGACCCCAGGAAGGUGUUGAUUAUAGCAGGGCACCACAACUGGAUUGUAGCAUCUUAUGCACACUUUGUCAUUUGCUACAGGAUAAAGGAAUCUUCUGGAUGGCAGCAGGUGUUUUCCUCCCCCUACCUUGACUGGACCAUUGAACGUGUCGCACUUAAUGCCAAGGUGGUGGGUGGCCCACAUGGAGACAAGGACAAGAUGGUGGCCGCUGCCUCUGAAAGCAGUAUCAUCCUCUGGAGCAUCCAAGAUGGAGGCAGUGGUAAUGAGAUAGGUGUGUUCAGUCUCGGUGUACCUGUUGAUGAUCUCUUCUUCAUCGGGAACCAGCUGGUGGCGACGAGCCACACAGGGAAGGUCGGGGUGUGGAAUGCUGUCACACAACACUGGCAGGUUCAAGAUGUGGUUCCCAUCACUAGCUGUGACACGGCAGGAUCCUUCCUACUGCUGGGCUGCAAUAAUGGUUCUAUCUACUACAUAGACAUGCAAAAGUUUCCACUGAGGAUGAAGGAUAAUGAUCUUCUCGUGACUGAGCUUUAUCAUGACCCUUCAAACGAUGCCAUCACUGCGCUGUCUGUCUACCUCACACCUAAAACCAGUGUGAGUGGGAACUGGAUAGAGAUAGCCUAUGGGACUAGCAGCGGUGCUGUGAGAGUGAUCGUGCAACACCCGGAGACAGUGGGAUCAGGGCCCCAGCUCUUUCAGACAUUCACUGUGCACAGGAGUCCGGUGACAAAGAUCAUGUUGUCUGAGAAACAUCUGGUAUCAGUGUGUGCAGACAACAACCACGUACGGACGUGGACGGUGACCCGAUUCAGAGGGAUGAUCUCCACCCAGCCAGGCUCCACCCCUCUGGCCUCCUUCAAAAUCCUGUCCCUGGAGGAGACGGAGAGCCACGGGAGCUACUGCUCUGGGAAUGAUAUCGGUCCAUUUGGAGAAAGAGACGAUCAGCAGGUUUUCAUCCAGAAGGUCAUCCCUAUCACCAACAAACUGUUUGUGAGGCUCUCAUCAACUGGAAAAAGGAUCUGUGAGGUGCAGUCAGUGGACGGGACCACCAUCUCUUGCUUCAUGGUUCGUGAGUGUGAAGGUUCCAGUCGGAUGGGGUCACGACCUCGGCGCUAUCUGUUCACUGGUCAUGGCAAUGGCAGCAUCCAAAUGUGGGACCUGACCACUGCGAUGGACACCGCUAACAAAGGAGAGGAGAAGAAGAAAGAGGAUGUAGGUGGGCCUACAGAGGAGGAGCUGCUGCAGCUGUUGGAUCAAUGUGACCUGAGCACCUCCCGCUGUGCUACACCAAAUAUUAGCCCUGCCCCCUCUGUGCUGCACCACACACGCCUGCGAGAGUCCUGCUCAAGUCUGCAGUUACAGGCCCCGGAGCCCAUUCCUGAGAGCCAGGCUACUUAUGGGGCUGUGCGACCCUACAGAGAGAGCCCCCUACUGGCCCGCGCUCGGCGAACUGAGUCCUUCCACAGCUACCGAGACUUUCAGAACUUUAGCCUGAGUCGAGGUGUCUUGGACAGCACGGGUCAAAUUUCCAUCCAGGGCCCCAGCCAGGUUCUAGACGCCCGCCGUUCACUUUGUGACUUUGGGCCCGAGGACGGUGACAGGAGAUCCUCAGCAAUGGAGCUCUGGGCCUGCCGAACCACCGGUGCAAACUCUAACAUAAAUGUCACGGGUUUGACUGCUGCUUGUCUCUCUGGGGCGAAGGCAGAAGGCAGUCAAGAAACUCCACGGCAACCUCCAGACAGCCCGAUUCCAGGGGCUGACGUUAGGCGAAAGGUGCACCCACAAGAGGAGGGAGAAGGUGUGGGAUCCGGGGGAGAUGGGGCAAAGGCAGAGGGAGGUGUGAGGAAAAGGGGAGUACUAGAAGGAGGCUUUUUAGGGAGGAAGAGGGCUCCCCCAGUUCCUCACCUGUCCUCCCUCCCUUCCAGUUCUGAAGGUGGUGGCAGUGACUCAUCUGCAAAUGCUUCCCCUUCCCCAACCAAACUAGCCUCCUCCACCUCGCCUCGACACAGGAAGCUGGCCCCAGAGCCAUCCAAUCAGGACAGCAGCCUGUGAAAACGCAUCUGCCCACCACCCAUUUGUUUUGAUCCCACGCAGUGGAAUCAUUUCAUAGAGGCGUCCUGUUGGUGCAUGAAGGACCUGUUGUGUCAGAUUCAGGAUUUAAAUAGGUAAAGGUUUCUUUUGGGAGCCCACAGAUAAUGAGUCUGUGUCUCAGCACAGAACUUUCACUAUGUUUGCUCCCAAGGCUGAAAAACUUUUAUUUAAACUUUACACCUUUCAUUUAAGUCAGUGGAACUUCAUAGUUUUGAGUACAAAACCUGACAAGAGGAAGCAGUUACAGCGCUAGCAUCAUGACAUCUCAACCAGAGCAGGAAUGCAUCUUCUUUUUGAUCAUUCUUGUAAAAUGGACCAGGGCUCCUACUAUCUCCAUUUGCUUUUGGUGACUGGUGAUGAGGUUAACACUUUGAGGCAUGGGGCUGAUAGUAAUUUCCCAGCUCAGUGCUGAAGAACUGCUGUAAUUGUUUUCUCUUCCUGUGUUGUUGUUCACUCGACAGCUUAGCAUACAGUAACUGCAGGAACAGGCAAGUCUGUUUGCUCUGGUAUGGUCAAGGGUGUGUUGCUGCCUGUUUGGUUUGAAGCACAAUCAAGUGUUAAUCCACAGAUAAGACUGAAUUCAUUAAAUCAUCAAGGCUCAUUAAAUUAAAAAAAAAAAAGAUAGCACAGUACAGUACUAUUAACAGAAUGGGGGGUUUCUAAUAUUUGAAUAAUGUGUUAUUCAGCUUGUGAAAGCCUUAAACAGCCACAAAAUAGAAUUGACAAAGGCACACACCCCGUUAAUUUAUCAGAUUUUUAAGGUGUUUUUACUGACUUGUAGUCUGGUAGGAAUUACUAUGUUCAGAACUUGACCUCAACCGUUUAAGCGUACACAAAAUAUCCAGAUUUAAAUGGAAGUCAUGUAAAAUUUCUUAAGAUCUUUAACUAACAAUUAUUUUCAUUGAGUAAUCUAAUUUACAAUUAUAUAAAAUAGAAAAAAACAGCAAAUCCGCACAUUUGGGAAACUGAAACCUGCUGAAAGGUUUUCAUUAAUCAUCAAACAAUUAACUGAACAAAAUUUUCAGCACUUCCAUGUAGAUUUGUCAAAAGGAUCAGAUCUCUUUCAGAGACAGAACUCAUGAUGAUAUCAAGCAUCUCUGACAAUGUGCAAAUUUGUCUCACAGUGGAUUUUUUCUUACCUUAAACACAUUACCUUUGACAGAGGCUUGGCAGCUACUUGAAUCCCAAAAUGUCAAAAAAAAACUUUGCUGUGGCCAGAGAAGCAACGGGUAUUGUUGUUAAACCAAUGACACUAAAAAUUGACAGACAGUAAGCAGUAAAGUCAUGUUGCAGCUCCAGCAUACAGUCAAACCUUUGUUGUUUGACAGCUCUAUGAUAACUAUGAGACCGUGGAGUUGUGAAGCACAACAGCUAAAACAGACACUGUGGUUUUCACUUGAAGUCUUCAUGAACGCCACAUAGAGAGACAUGUAACACAUGAGUGAUAGCUUGAAAAAACAAUGAAUACUCAUGUGAAUGGGUGGCUGCUUUUCACUGCAACUGGUUGUUUAAUAUUUUGCUUUUUUAUUUACAGACCAGUUGAAUUCUUAAUUUAUUUUUAGCAUAAUUAAAAAAUUGGCAAAAAAUGUAAAAAAAACAAACAAACAAAAAACUGUAUUCCAAUGCAGCAAUUUGAGGGAUUUUCAUUCAACAUUUGUAAAUGAGAAUUUGAAAACAAUUUGGUGGCACACAGCUGGAACCUUCAGUUUAAGGGACGGACUUGUUUUGUUUUUUUUUUUGUAGAUGUAUCCAUUAUCGGUUAAGAUAUCACACUCACACUAACAGUGACAGCAUAACACCUUCAGCUACAUAUUAUAUAGGAACAAAGUAUGUUUUUAAUGCUUUAUGGUUUACUUAUUCAUAUCUAAACAGAGAGAAAUCAUUUGGCACAUGUUUUACUGCUCUUCAGUCAGUUAGAAAAAAUCUCACAUUUGUGCUCAUAGUUCACAAGUAAGAAAAACUAGUUGUGUUCCUGUUUAUAUUCAGUCUGUUUCUUCACGGUGGUGCCUGUGCAAGAUCACACUAAUUAUUAUUAUUUAUAUUUUAUUUUUUUAAAGCAUCACAAUAUAACUACACUCAACUCAAUAGAAGGACCUACACUACUUCACUUUACUCCCUUUGAAACAGGUGGUGAUGUGUCUUAUCUUGUUUUGGAUGACUGUUGCAGUGCCUUAUUUAAAAUUGUUUGACGGUUAUCAGCCUGUUUGUGUGUUUUAGUUGAAAAAAAUUCUGACCAAAGGCUUGUGAAGGUGGAGCUCACUGUGGAGCCACAUAACGGACCUGUCCACUCUGGCUUUGGCUAGAAUUGCCUAAUGGUAGAUUCACACCAGGCCAAAUUAGAUUUUAUGACUGUGUAUGGUAAAUCAUUGAUGUAUGGUCAUUUGAAUUGAUAGGCAUUAGAUAUCUCUUGUAAAUAAUCCUGAAAUAGACUAUAACUGGAAAGUCCAUCUCAUUUCCCAACAUCAGAGGAACUUUGAUCACUAGCUUGUUCUUAUGAAGGUAAAACAUGAGUAUACGCUCUGUAGGAGACAAAAGCAAGGCACCUUGGUUGUGUAAUAGUGGGCCUAAGAGGACUGGAUAGCUUAAAGUAAAAUGGUAGCAACCUUUUAUUAGCAAAAUCAUUUUGUGAGUUAAACCUUCUUCUCUAUUGUUCAAACCUUUUGGAGCCACUGGAAGAGUUUAGCAUAAGUUAAAGAAACCAGGCCAGCUCUUGAUCUACGGUACUUUUGUUGUAACUGUGGGGACAACACGCUGUAAAAUGGAUGUGACGGUAAAAAAGCUGAGGUAGAACUAGAAAGACUUUCCUGAAAUGUUAAUUAUAAUUUGCCAAAUGCAGCAGCUAUAUAAACUCACACAUUGCUUAUCAUUUCAGAAUAAAAAUAUAACAUAUGUGGUUUUUGCCGGUACAAAGAUGUACAUUUUGAUACACAACCGUUUGAUAUACAACUGUACUUUAAGUAGACAUACAUAUUCAAAACAAAAUCCUAAUACGGAUGCAUUGAUGUGUGUGAUUGUGUGUUGGUACUUACACUGCUGUUCAUUACAUAUUGUUGAUAAUCAUAUAAUGCCUAUAUUGAUAUUACCAUGCUAUUGGACCUAACUGCAUUUGCACUUGCACUAUUAAGACUAAUAUUAAAGUAACUUGCUAGUGUUUAUUUUAUAUAAAAUAUAAAGUCUAAAUUGUAUUUCAGCACAUAACUGUCUGUCUGUCCUAAUCUGUCGUCCCUCAGUUCCUCUCUGGCUGUGUUUACAUUACAUUACAGCCAGACACUAGCGAGCUAAAAGGAUUACAUAUCUGUUUGUCUGAACUGCCCUGUACAUCAUUGUUUUACAUUGUGUAUGUUAGAAAUGCUGCAUUAUGUUGUAAUGUUAUUUACAAUUGCCUAUAAUACUGAUCAAAUAUAAUGUAUAAUUUCAUAAUGUUCAAAUCUGGAUAACAACACAAUUGGAAAGAAAUCAGGAGGAUCAGUCUGCAGUCUGGAAAUGUUUACCUUUUUUUUCUUUUUCUUUAAGAAAAAAAAAAAAAAAAAUUGGUAUGCAUGUUUUAACACAUUGUGUAGAACAACAACACAUUGUUCUGGGAUCAUGAUCUACACUCCAGUUUUCCAGGCCAGUGUUAUCAACAGCAGAUAAAGAGUAACUGAAAACAUAAAUAAAAAAAAAAGAUUUGGGAUCCGAGAUGUGUUAACCUUGUUAUGUAAUUUGUGUGAGAUGACAAGAACUUUGACGAUGAAUUCAAACAAACCAUCAAUGCUCAGUGUUAAUCAUUUUAUAGUCUUAAAGUAGCUCAAAUUUCAUCUGCAGUUUCACCUUUAAAACUGGACUCAGUAAGAAGACUAACAGCCUGAAAGAAGUGCUGCCAGUCACUGCUGAGUUGUUAGCACGUGGUUUGUGUGGAUAACUUGCCAGUGUGAGUGUCACAUAGGUGUGUGUAUGUGUGUGUGUUUCCCCAACACUUUCAUUUCACUAACCUUCCCGUUCAGACAGUCUCCUCUCUGAGACGCCGUCUGUCGUCAUUGUGAUUUAUGAGUUUAAU